AUGACCUCCGAUAAACAAAACAAUGGCCAUCUCGCCAAACCGUUCACGCCCACGCUCUCCGCAGCAUUCCAUCGCACCAACAAGGCGCCGCUGACGCCGAAGCUCGCCAGUCCGAGUCCCGGGCACCCGCCUCGUCGUCUUGCUCAGCCCGACCAGACCUAUUCCACCCCCUCCAAAGACAAUCACGACUCCCCCGCCCUCCCUCCAGCGUUCCUCAGUGCCAACGUCACCCCGCGAUCGGGUUCACGUACCACUCGCCGCGAUGCUACCUUUCCCUCCCCGACUAAUUCCUCCACCGCUCCGUCGCCACAAACCCCGUAUGCGCAACCGACGGUUGGCCUUGGGCUCGCAGCCCCUCGCCGCACGGAACGGAGCCCGGCUCGCGGGGUGAAGCCCGAGCAGUCAAGGAGUUUGAGAGCAAAGACUCUCACGGCAGAGGGCCAGCAAGCCUCUCGGCCAAACACUUUCACGGACAUGGCUGCCGGGGGUCCCAGGUUCUUUCACGCCUCCGAUGCGCGUUCCACAACCUCCUCCGAGGUCGAUACGUCCCGCUCCAAACCCGGCAGUGGGAAGAUGUCUCCCGCCGCCAGCUUUAUUUACGCAAAUGGCAACCAAGAAAAACCGUCUCCCGCAGAGGACACCCAUAGUACGGUGUCGUCUGCACAACGCCGCUCAGGGGGUCCAGGGAGUCUUCCCCGUCCCGCACCCCCAGCGAGACCUAUGGCGUCGCCAUCACCACGGCUGCGAUCCCCCAGACCGUCGGAUACCACCUCUCCGCCGCUGCCAGAAAAGCAGGUCCAAUUCAGUCCCCAUGUUGAAACCGGGAUUGAAAAUGUUCUGCACCGUUUUGGCUCCCCACCAAACAACAUCCCCGAUCAAUUACACUCCCCUUCCCUUGCGCUCCCACGACAUAGAAAGUCGUCCAGUAUAGACUCGUCAACUCACGGCACUCAUGAUGGACUCAAGGCUAGUCCUAUCAUAGUGUCCAGCAGUUUCAAUUCCGAAACCAACCCACCUACAAUGUCUGACCAAAUCCCCACCUUGCGGCCCCGCGUUUUCAGCAAUUGUUCUUCGGUAUCGAAUGAUCCACAUGUUCCCAUGUCGAUGAGUCCGAACAACCCACACUUAUCCAUGCCCAUGAGCCCGGGCAAAUCAGAAAGUCCUGGUGGUGAGGUACUGAAUGCCCGGACGGAGCGCAAGAUCAUGGAUCUCGAAAUUAGCAACUCCUCUCUGCUCGCUAUCAAUCGUACCCUCGAACGGGAGAUGCGCAGACAGAAUGCGGAGCUGCGGAGAUACCGCCGUCUCAGCCGCUCCGGCCGUCUUUCCAUGGCGCCCUCCACGCGCUCGUUCUCUGGCACCGCCUUGUCCACCACGAGUGAAAUAGACGAGGGCACUAGCGAAUUUUCCUCCAUCCGUUCUCAGGAUGACACGUCCGAUUUCAGCGAUGAGGACUCCGUCGCAGAUGAAAAUGUCAUGGACCCAGACUCUCUCGCAGAACAUGAUGCGAAGCACCGUGCUCAUGACGAGAAGAAGUUCAUGCUCGACCUUGCCAAGCACCAGGAACUCCUGGUCGACAGCCAGAAGAUGAAUCAAAGUCUCAAGCGGUGUCUUGGAUGGACGGAAGAGCUUAUCAAAGAAGGCCAACGAGCCCUCGAGUAUAGCGUCCAUGUCCAAGAUGUCGAGCUGGGCGGGCGGGUUCUCUCACCUGAAGAACUGGGCGAGAUCGGCGAGAGUGGCCGCGCGCUACUCAGCCCAUCGACCGAGUUCUCAGCCGUCUUCCCUUCUAACGACACCUCCUUCGAGACCUUCUAUGACCCCGACCCCGCUACACUCCCUCUGCCAUCGUCCCCCGGCGGGAGCGAUUAA